GCAAUUUGCAUAUCAGCGAGCACAUAACAGCUACAUCAGCCUUUAUCAUGGCUUGCUCAUCACGCUCACCAGCAGCAGCAGUUUUUCUGGGCUCGACUUUGUGGACCCAGAAUGCACCGCGCUCUCUCCAUCUCCGAGGUCGUCCACACCAUCGCAUCCUACCACUCGGAGAAGAAGGACCUCACCGCCCUGGCCCGGACAUGCCGUGAAUUUUCUGAGCCUGCGUUGGAUACUUUAUGGUGGGAGCUGGAUGACUUGACGCCUCUGCUGCGAUGUCUUCCGCAGGACCUCGUUUCCUGCGGGGAGACCGAGCUUGUUCGCUCAGGGGUCUACUCGCUCCGACGAGAGUUCACUACGGCCGACUGGACCAUCUUCCGCAAGAACGCCGCCCGCGUGAGGGUGUUGAAUGACAUCGUGCCCGACGAUGAAAACAACAACGCAAGCGAUAGCAGCGACUGGGUGGACGUUAUCAGCGACGACGUUUUUGAGGCGCUGUGCCGCCCUCCUGCUUCAGACAAGCCGCUCUUCCCCAAGUUGCGAACACUAAUGUGGCGCAAAGUUCAGCCAGAGGGGUUCGAUUUCCUUGAGCUUCUGCUAAGUCCAACCAUCACAAGGCUGGAUAUCACCCCGCACUCAUCCAGCACGCGCGUCCUCCGCCUGGCUGCUAAGCUGAGUGUCUUGUGCCCCCACCUUAGGCACUUUACGUGGAUAUUUCCGGGGCUAUUGGACAGCACCUCGACCGCCAAAGCAAUAGCCACCCUGUCCCAGACUGUCGUGUCUUGGCCCAAUCUCAACGACGUUGCCUGUCAUUAUCUCAACGCAGAGGCGAUCCGGCACCUUUCGUCCCUUCCCUCUAUCGGUCUACUGGUAAUCGCGGUCAACGACGCAACGUACCCCGCCCUCCACGUACCCGCGUUUUCCGGCGCAAGCGAUGUGUAUAUCCAAACUCCCCCCGGACACACCCUCUCCGCCGUCGUCCCACUGAUUCGCGCUGGCCAGUGGUCCCCCACUGAGUUCUUCGUCGGCACGGGGAUGGCGUCUGCGUCGUCCAUCCGCCACCUAUCCGAAGCACUGUCCGGCCACUUCGACCGCGCGACGCUCAAAACGCUCAAAAUCGACGAAUGGGACGACCGGACACCCGGCAUCACACUAUGCACACGCGAUCUCGAGCCCCUCUUCGCCUUCGGCAGCCUCACGUCGCUGCGCGUCGACACGCGGCGCGAGGUCGAGCUGGACGACACCGCGCUGCUCCACAUGGCAGACGCAUGGCCGCACCUCGUCUCGCUGCGGCUCAACGAGCGCAGCGGCUGGCGGCGGCGCUCGGCCGCGACGCUGCACGCCGUGCGCGGGCUGCUGCAGCGCCUGCCGCGCCUCGCGGAUCUCGCUGUCGCGGUGGACUGCGAGCGCGUGGCGUACGAUGCGCUCGGCGACGCGCUGUACGGGCGCGUGAGGGCCGGCGCGCGCCGGGUCGAGGUGAAUUUGCUGGACUCGCGGAUCGGCGGGGAGCACCAUGCGGAGGUGGCUGCGUUCUUGGCGGAUGUGGUCCCUGAGAUGACGCGGAGCCGGGAUCUGAGCGCGUGGGGGUGGCGCGAGGAGGAGGAGGAGGAGCCGGUGGGGCUGGAUAUGAUGGAGAGGGUAAGGUAUUGGGAGAGGUGGUGGAAUGUUGCGGCUACUGUGGUUAUGAUCAAUCGGAUUAGGAAGAGGGAUAGGGGGGAAGUCGACGAUGUGGUUGAGUAG